AAACAUCGAUAAUUUAUAGUAAUGUAAUUUUGUUUUAUGUGUGUACACCAUUUAUCAAGUUAAUCUAACAAAGUGAUUUCUGUUUUGUAUAAAAUUUAUCAUGGAUACUGCUUAGCAAUAUUUUAUCGGUGAAUUUCGUAUCAAUUGGCGUUUUCAGAAUCUUUCUAUAAUGAAUGAUAAAGUUGCUGCUAGUUCAUCGACAUGGGAUAAUCCCACAAACCUCAGCGACUCUUCGCCAGAAAUUCAGUCAUCUCCUGGUGGCAGUGGUGAAACUCCACAAACCCCCGGUGCUCCAGUGCCAUUGGCGGCACAUCUUGUACCUGAUCUGCAUCCUGAAUUACUACAACAGGGAUGGCGCAAAUAUUGGUCCAAAAGGGAAAAUCGUCCAUAUUUUUGGAAUAAAAUUACGGGUGAAUCAAUGUGGGAAUUACCAGCAGUUAAACGAGAUUUUGAUCCUAUAACAGAUCCACUUGGUAUAUGUCAUAAUGGACCUCCUAACACUGGUAAUAUGACUCCAAGUGCUAGCAAACGACGACCUUCAGAGGAUAAUGGACCGCCCCCAAAAAAAUUUGUUCUGUCUGGACCGUGGGACUUGGACGUGCCAACAAAUGUUGUUAUUUAUGAGAGACCACCGACGAUAUGUCCGCAUCCACAUCCUGAGAUAGAGGGUUUUAGGUUUACAUUAGCUAACAAACUGAGGCAGUGCUAUCAAGAGCUUUGCCAUACACGAGAGGGUAUAGAUGCACCAAAAGACUCUUUUAACCGUUGGUUUAUGGAAAGAAAAGUCAAUGAUCAAGGAGGUUCAGACCCACUGCUACCGAGCCACUGUUUCCCUGAAAUAUCUCAGUCUAUGUAUGAAGAGAUCAUGAAUGACAUCCCUAUUAAACUGACACAUCCAAAGUUUACUGGAGAUGCUAGAAAACAGUUAACACGCUAUGCUGAGGCUGCCAAAAAGAUGAUAGAGUCAAGGAAUGCUUCACCAGAAAGUAGAAAAGUAGUUAAAUGGAAUGCGGAAGAUACAUUUCAAUGGCUCCGACGUACAGUUGGUGCCACCUAUGAUGAUUUUCAAGACAGAUUAGCGCAUUUAAGGAAACAAUGCCAACCACAUUUAGCUGAAACUGCUAAGGCAUCUGUUGAAGGGAUCUGCCUAAAAAUCUACCACUUAUCUGCAGAGUAUGCACGCAAAAUAAGAGAAAGGCACAGCGCCCUACUUAAGGAAAAUGGAAUUCCAGAACUCCCCGCCCCCCUUCAGCAGGCUGCAUUGCGUAAGGUUUGGUGCUACCCAGUGCAAUUUGCCCUGCCUGCACCCAGGCCUCCCCUCGUUGAGCAUUUCCUAGACAGAGAUCAGGCUCUGUUGCGGUACCUCGGGGAGACUCAAGUCAUCAAUGCUGCAUACCUACAAAAACUUGAGCACCUGUACAGGUACAGCUGCUUCGACGACAAGAAGUUCGAGCACUUUCUGUCGCGCGUGUGGUGCUUACUGCGGCGGUACGCGGCGUGGCUGGGCUCCGGCGGCGACGCGCAGCUGACGCAGAUGGCGGCGCCCGUGCCGGUGCUCGAGUGCCUGCAGCGCUGCUUUGGAGUCACGUUCGAGUGCUUCGCAAGCCCCCUCGACUGCUACUUCCGCCAGUACUGUUCCGCGUUCGCCGAUACCGACUCCUACUUUGGUUCUAGAGGGCCGUUCCUAGAGCUGCGGCCGGUGUCGGGGUCGCUGGUGGCGCACCCGCCGCACUGCGCGGAGCUGGCGGAGGCGGCGCUGCGCCACAUGGAGCGGCUGCUGCACGACUCCGCCGAGCCGCUCAGCUUCGUCGUGCUGCUGCCCGAGUGGCCCGACCGCCACGCCCCCGCGCUGCACAAGCUGCAGUCCAGCCACUUCAAACGAAAGCAGGUUGUAAUUCCUGCAUUUGAACAUGAGUACCGACACGGAUUUCAACAUGUUCUUCCAAAGAACGAGGUGUACUUCAGGUGGGGCGGCGGCACGGUCGUGGUGUGGCUGCAGAACGCCGCGGGAUUCGCGCGGUGGGGGCCCACCGAGGACCGCGUGGAGGCGCUGCUGGACGCGUGGCGGCCGCGCGCCAAGUUGCGCUCGCCCCCGCCCGCGCCCGCCGCCGCCACCCCCGCGCCCGCCCCCGACCCCGCCCCCUACCCCGACGCCGCUGACAAGCGCUAACCCUACAGUCUACACCAUAAGGUACCGGCUGACCAUUCGAUGACGUCUAUGUUGAAUACAAUAUUUACACUAGAUGGUACCGCAUGAGUCAUGAGUCAUGACUCAUGACGUACGUCUUCAACCGACCGUUCGACACUAGUUUAUAAUUAUUACAGUAGUAGAUGGUUUAUAAUUUAUAUUAUGUCUAACAAUAAUUAUUGUGAUGUAGGUUUACAGUACUUUUACAUUUUCGUUUGCAUAUGAUAUGGAUUGUAAAAUGCUGCGGCUUUUACCUCUCUUUUCUAUUCAGCUAUCGGUUGAUACAAUUUUGUCCAAACUUUUUUUACUUUUAUUGAA